AUGUCGCUCAUACCUUAUGCGCCGGCUGAGUCGCGCGAGAUUGUGCUACGUCACGGUUCUGCAGUAGUCGUCUUUGAUCAACGCUCCAAACAGCUCUCUCUCCGCGAUGCUUCCCGCACGACUGAAAUCGGCUCUACGUCGUGCCCCUAUUGCCACCGAGCCUACCGCGAACCGUCGCCACGCGGCGAAGACAACAGCGACGAGCAUGAACAUACUGCGCAGACAGUACCCACCGACAAUGGCUUCGUGAAUCCCGCCUACUUUCAGAUGCUCCGGAGGAGUCAACCUGGGUCGAGAGAAGGAUCACGACCGUCAUCACCACAUAAACAACUAGCACCUGCGCCAAUGCGUAUGAACAGCUUCAACACACCAGAAGGAACGGAGUUUGUCGGUAGUACGCCUGCUCAACCCGCUAAGGGCCAUGGUAUAUCAGCCAGGGCCUUCAGUCCUAACUACUUCAAAGACUUUUUCAUAGAGGAGCGCGAAUUAGGAAGAGGAGGCAAGGGUGUUGUGCUUUUGGUGCAGCACGUCUUGGAUGGCGUACACCUCGGCAAGUUCGCGUGCAAGCGAGUACCGGUGGGCGACGACCACGAAUGGCUGGAGAAGGUAUUGAUCGAAGUCCAACUCCUCCAGACCUUAUCGCACCAGAACCUGGUAUCAUAUCGUCACGUAUGGCUGGAGGACUUUCAAAUAUCCAGCUUUGGACCCAGUGUGCCAUGCGCGUUCAUACUGCAACAGUACUGCAACGGGGGAGAUCUUCACAACUACAUUCUCGGUACUACCAAAACGUCUGUCACCAAGGAACAGAUGAAGGAGCGACUCAGAAGGAGAUCAAAGGGCCAGAUGGAGGACCCAGGCGACAUGCAUAGCCCACGCCGCCAUAAGGUCAGGGUUCUGGUCAGCGAUUUCGGCGAAGUGCAGUCGGCGAGCUCGGCAAGAAACUCAACAGGAGCCACUGGAACCAUAUCAUACUGUGCUCCUGAGGUACUACGUCAGGAGCGACCAGGUGGUGCGUUUGGCAACUUUACGACAAAGUCGGACAUUUUCUCGCUCGGCAUGAUUGUUUACUUUAUGUGUUUCGCGAGACUGCCGUAUCGGAAUGCUGAUGGUGUUGACGAGGAUAGUGAGGACCUGGAUCAGCUCAGGGAGGAAAUCUCGGCCUGGGCUGGUAUCGAUGACGAACAACGCAUACGCUCUGAUUUGCCUGAGCAGCUCUAUAGAUCACUCAAACGCCUGCUCGCUCUCAAUCCUGAGGAGCGUCCUGGUGCUGAGGAGAUUCUGCAUGUGCUCAAGUCGCCAUUGGUGUUUGACGAGUACAAUGCAUAUGCGAGUCCACCUGGUCUCAAUGAAUUUAGUCCACGCAUAUCACGAGCAGACACACCCAGCCCAGCACCGACACAAGUCAACAAAAAGCGCUCUUCGGUCAACUAUGCACGUCCUGGUCAAUCUAAACUCAGCGCAACCGUCAUGGACCGUUCGCCUAGUCCGCCACAUCCAGAAGUGAUGAGGAGAGAGUCUUCCGAAGAUGGAGCAGUCAUCUUGAGAAGGAAGAUGGAGUUCCCGCCUCCAUCGCCUGCGCCUAGAACACCGUCACCCCAACGUCUGAUGUUACCUCCGCCGCCGCCGCCAAGCGCCUUUUCGAUCCUGUAUAGGGCUGUGAAGAACCCGGUGACGACCAGCGCAAUCAAAGUAAUCCUCUUUUGCGCAAAAGCAUUCAGUCUGCUCUCCCCUUGCCAGCCAUUUGUGCCGGAUGCUCGCGUUCUAUAUCCAUUGCUCUGUUUGGCAUCUGUCGAUUUCGUACAUCUUAGCUUUGACAUUGGAAUCAUGGGAAGUCGUUUCCGCCUAGGUGGCCUGGCCGGCUCCAUGGCGCUUCUAUUUGUGCAUGCAAUAGUGGUGGGCCUCACGCUGAGAUGGGAUCAAUUGUGCUCGAGGAGAGGGGUGACGUGGGAUGGCAUAUAA